GGUAGUCCUGAGGAAUGGUGCAGGAUGGCCCCUGGAAAGGGAUGCAAGGUGUUGACUCCAAAACCCUACUGAACCACAGGGAUUUACCCUGGGGUCUGCCUGCCUGGCUAAACACAUGGCCACUGCUCCCCAUUGUCUUCGCGAUGUGCAUCUAUGGGCCCAUUCGACAUUCACCUGCCAUGAUGGUCACAAUUUUUGUGGCCAUGGCAUUGCCCAGGAGAAACAGCUUCCAAAAAGGCGGUCAAAUGAUCAAGAACCUGGGACAUCUGGGGCCUCCAGAUGCUGAGACACUUGAAGGCAUUUCCAAGCGCGCGCGAUGGCAUUUGCAGAGACGCCGCCUCUACGUGAAAUGGGCAGCUGAUCGAGUGGAUAAAGAGCUCCAUUGCGCUUGGCGCUCAGUGUUGCCGUUGUCUCCUCGCCAAGCAAUUGCACGUGCAGUUGGAGGAGAGAGUAGGAGCCUGCUGUGCUACCACGCAGCUGCUUCAGCAGGCUUCCUACUUCCACCCGAGGUGGUCUCAUGCAGCUACCUGCCGGAGCCAGGUCUCCGCGCCCAUUGCGUGCGCUUGUUGAGGGAGCAGUGGGAAAGCGAAGCCAGGCAUUUGGCGUCCAUCCCAGAGGAGGGCAGUGGCAGUACAUGGGGUUGGCUGAGAAACAAUGUGGACUCGACAUGCGGCCUCGAAGUUAAGGCUGAUUCUGUGGAGGUCUACUGAGAAAAUGCAGCGAAGGUCUAAUUCGAAAUCGCCAUGGAUCGAUGGCUUUCGAUUGCGGUCCUUUUUUUGGGUCAAUGCAUGCUUGUUUUGAGCAUUGGAGAUCUCAGGGUGGGCUCAGUUGAAAUCC